AUGUUCCCAGCAAAAAGGAGAUUAAAAGGAGAGUCAUCAGUGAAGAAAAGAAAAAGAUUUGAGUUGUUCUGCAUUAUGUUAAUAAAAAGAAUUUUAGCUUCUUUAGGAGUUAAAGUCAUACAUACAGUGGUUAAGAAAGGAAGGUUUUCAUUUGGAAUAUUGGUAGGUGUUGAUAUUUGUAAAAUUUUAGAUGAGGCAAUAGAUAGGGCUAGAAUGUCAGAAUGCGAUAUUGGUGUUGUAACUUAUUAUGAUAUAUGUAGAAAGAUUGUUUGGCUAAACUCAUAUCAAUUAAACAAACAAGCACUAGUAUUAGAAAACAGAAAUAGAGAAUUUAAAUUGGAUAAUAAU